GCAAUAGAAUAUCAUGAAUAACACGACAUCGGUUACAAAGCUGUUGUUCUCCAAGUAAUAACAACUGUGCAAUACCCAUUCUUUAAUAUUUUAGUUAUUUGCGUGCUGUCUCGUUAUUUAAUCGCCGUCCAGACGUAAUUGAAGUACAUAAGACCGUUUGCAGCCAAAGAUGUCAGGAAAAGAGAGAAUCGACGUCUUCCCCUCUAGAAUGGCCCAGACCAUCAUGAAGGCCCGUCUGAAGGGGGCCCAGACUGGUAGAAACCUACUGAAGAAGAAGGCUGAUGCCCUCUCCAUGCGCUUCCGUCAGAUCCUCCGCAAGAUCAUCGAGACAAAGACAUUGAUGGGUGAAGUGAUGAGGGAGGCGGCCUUCUCUUUGGCUGAGGCGAAAUUCGCCGCUGGCGACUUCAGCACCACUGUCAUCCAGAAUGUGAACAAGGCCCAGGUGAAGGUUCGGGCUAAGAAGGAUAACGUGGCAGGUGUCACUCUACCUGUGUUUGAGCACUACCAAGAAGGAGGGGACAGUUAUGAGCUGACUGGUCUGGCCAGGGGAGGAGAGCAGGUCUCCAGGCUGAAGAGGAACUAUGCCAAAGCAGUGGAGCUGCUCGUGGAGUUGGCCUCCUUACAGACUUCCUUUGUCACACUGGAUCAGGCCAUCAAGAUCACCAACCGCCGUGUGAACGCCAUUGAGCAUGUGAUCAUCCCCCGCAUUGAGCGGACCCUCAGCUACAUCAUCACUGAGCUGGAUGAGAGGGAACGAGAAGAGUUCUACAGGCUGAAGAAGAUCCAGGAGAAAAAGAAGCAGAUGAGGGAGAGGACGGAGAAGGAGAUCGCCGCCCGUCUGGCCAAGCUGGGCCCCAUCGCCGAGCCAUCCAACAUGCUGAUGGAGGAAACCGACCAGGACCUGCUGUUUGAGUGACAUGCUGUCACCCCUGGCUACUCCGUCACCCACAUCCUAUUUAUUCUGUGCCUCUCCGGCCAGGUUGAUGUCUUCUUCUUGUGUGCGAAAGGGAAGAAUUGUAUGUUUAUUUUUUGUGUGUACAUGUUGGUGAUGUUUUGUUGUCGUUUUCAGUAUUGGAGAUUAGUGUCCAGAUUUAGCACUGUAUAGAACUGUCAGAACUUUGCAGCUAACAGCAAUCACAUCAGUUCACUAGAGUGUCAAACGUGUUGAAGGGGAGUUAUCUUUUGAAUGCUUUAGUAGCAAAUAAUAUAUGUACAUUGAGUUAAAUGACAUGGUUUACAAAUGUGAACUGUAUUUAAGCAUUCCAUCUGAUUGGGUUAGGACAUAGAUGGCUAUAGGCAAUGCUUCCAUCAGAACACUCAGUCAAUGCAUGCUGUCAUUCUGUACAGUUAAAACAGGAUGGCUCUUCUUUCUCCCCCUAAGCGUCUGUGUUGUGGAUGCUAAUCCCUUCCAUGGUCACCACAUAUCAGUGGGGUUGUAUUGACCAUAAAAUAAUGACAUUCUGUUUCUGUGCAAUUUCAUUCUAUUUCUAUGGUACUGUAUUGACCCUUUACAGGAGGAUGGCUAACAUGUGGGUCCCUUGUGGCUCAAUUGGUAGAGCAUCGCACUUGCAAUGCCAGGGUUGUGGGGUACCCCCACGGUGCCCCAAAACGACAAAUGUAUGUACUCAAUACUGUAAGUCACUCUGGAUAAGAGUGUCUGCUAAAUGAUAAUGUACCGGUGACCCCCUAUAACCAUCCACGGUGGCACCCUGAGUGCAACCCCUCUUAUGUCGGAACAAUUCAUCCAAAUAAAGAUGAUCUGAAUAUUC